AUGUCCAAUCCACAUGCUGUGAGAUUCUGCCAGCGAGAUGAAAUUAGGCCAAAGAUGGAUUGUUACACUGGUUGUAUUUUAUCUGGUGACAAUACUCUAGCAGGAUACUAUGGGGUAAAGACAAACAAAGCAAAGGUCUUUGCUUUUUACUUGUUUGUUCUGUUGAGUGGAGGACUGUUGUUCCUAGUUGCGCACUGGAAACCAAGAUGGAAAAGCAAGUUGACCCAAUCUGUAUGUUCCUUGGACAAAGCUACUGCUGUAGUAAUUGAAGAUCAAUAUGGACAGGUUGAAGUUGUCAAUGUCGAUAGAAGAAAUUUUGGGAAGAACAUGGAAUUACUUAAUCAUUUUUGUGGUAUUGAAAAUGUCCAGGAUAGAUUCUCUGAUAGCUAUUCCGAUAGUUAUGGAGAAACCGCUCCUCUAACAAAAAGUGAAGAAAAAGAAGCCACUGGACAAUUAAGAUUCUUCGAAUACCACCACCAUAGGUAUUUUUGGAAUCAUGGAAAGUUCUGUUUUGAAAUAGUAACAAAUUACAACAAUGAUAUCAGUUUUCGUGAUGUUUACAAAAAUGCACAGGGUUUGACUGCAAGUCAAGAGAACGACAAACUUGUGGUUUAUUCUGAAAACAAAAUUGAUGUCAAUGUGAAAUCUUAUGGGCGAUUAUUUAUGGAGGAAGCAGCAGACCCCUUCUAUGUUUUUCAGUUGUUUAGCUGCAUCAUGUGGUUUUUCGAUGACUACUAUUAUUAUUCUGGCACAAUUAUUUUAAUAUCUCUGAUUUCUAUUUUCACAAGCAUCUAUCAGACAAGGCAGCAUCUUACUUCAUUACGAAAAAUGAUUGCUAAGUCAGAAGAUGUCACCGUUAUGAGACCAAAUGGCCAAGAAGAAAUAAUAUCAUCUGAGUAUCUAAUGCCAGGUGAUGUUUUUUUGAUUCCAUCAAAUGGUUGUGAGUUACACUGUGAUGCUGUAUUGCUAAGUGGCACAGCAAUUGCUAAUGAAAGUAUGCUGACAGGAGAAAGUGUGCCAGUUAUGAAAACUCCCCUUCCCAACCCACCAGCCAGCAAGAAAGAACUAAAUGAGGUUAUUGAUAGAAUCAAGCACAAGCGUCAUACCUUAUUCUGUGGUACUAGAAUCUUGCAAACAAGAUUUUACGAGAAGGGAAAAGUUCUUGCUUUUGUUUUGAGAACGGGCUACUACACAACAAAAGGAGAGCUGAUCAGAUCUAUCUUGUUUCCAAAGCCAGUUGGCUAUAGAUUUUUUAGUGAUGCAAUGAAGUUUGUUGGAGUCUUAGGUAUCUUUGCCUCUGUUGGGUUUGUUUAUACUUGCUAUGUUUUCAAGAAACAAGGAGCACAUACAGGUGAAAUUGUUUUGCGUGCUCUUGAUGUCAUCACAAUUGCAGUUCCUCCAGCACUGCCUGCUGCAAUGACUGUUGGAACAAUAUAUGCUCUUCAACGGCUGAAACAAGUUCAGAUAUUUUGUACAAGUCCAUCAAGAAUUAAUAUUAGUGGCAAAACAAAGCUUUUCUGCUUUGAUAAGACUGGCACUCUUACAGAAGAUGGCUUAGAUUAUUUUGGGGUCAUUCUGGCUGAAUCAGGCAAUUUCAAAGAUUGUAUCAAAGAUCUGUCUAGUCAUAACCAAAGUGAUGGGCUUCAGUGCAUGGCAUCCUGUCAUUCAUUGACAGUUAUUGAUGGACAGAUAACUGGUGAUCCACUGGAUAUGAAAAUGUUUGAAGCAACUGGUUGGGAUUUAGAAGAAUCUCAGGGACUCGAAGAGACAGAACGUUUUGAAUCACUUAUCCCAACUAUUGUAAGACCAAAAGCAGGACAAAACAAAAAAGGAGUUAAACAAGAAAUAGCUCUACUGAAGCAGUUUACAUUUUCAUCUGAGUUGCAAAGAAGUAGUGUCAUUGUUCGAAAGUUAGGGAAGAAAAGUAUGGAUGUCUUUGUAAAAGGAUCCCCAGAGAUGAUUGCAAGCUUAUGUUUACCAGAAACACUGCCCAAAGAUUUUCAGUCAGUUCUAAAGAAGUAUGCAGAAGAAGGUUUUAGAGUUAUUGGUUUAGCUUCAAAAAGUCUUGCCAGAAAUUUCAAAUGGCAUCAUUUGCAACAUAGUGUGAGAACAGAUGUUGAAAAGGAUCUGCAUUUCAAUGGUUUUCUUGUUUUAAAGAAUAUGGUUAAAAGUGAAACAAAACCUACUAUUGAAAGACUAUAUCAAUCUAACAUUCGAGUUGUGAUGAUAACAGGUGAUAAUUUGUUAACUGCUGUCAGUGUUGCAAAAGAAUGUCACAUGGUAUCUUCUUCAGAGGCAGUAAUUCAAGUGUCAGCAAAUUUGCCAGCUGGAUCAAGCAAACUAGAUGUAACCUACACCUACUUGGGCAAUAGCAAGAAGUGCAAUGUUUAUCAGUCUAGUAAAAGCUUAACUCAAAACCUAUUUGAUUUUCGCACAAGAGGCUACCACUUUGUGAUGAAUGGAAAGUCAUUUGCACUGGUAAGAGCUGAGAUGCCCAUUCUGUACCAUAGGCUGCUGGUGUGUGCCACUGUUUUUGCAAGGAUGUUACCUGACCAAAAAGCUCAGCUUGUUGAAGACCUUCAAAGCAUUGGUUAUACCGUUGGUAUGUGUGGAGAUGGGGCAAAUGACUGUGGUGCACUUAAAGUUGCACAUGCCGGAGUUUCUUUAUCUGAGGCAGAAGCUUCAAUUGCUUCUCCAUUCACUUCAAAAAUUCCAAACAUCAGUUGCGUGCUAGAAAUUGUCAAAGAGGGGAGAUGUGCACUUGUUACUUCUUUUAGUCUUUUCAAGUACAUGGCUCUGUAUAGUAUGGUUCAGUAUAUGAGUGUUUUGUUGCUGUACUCUGUCCGCUCUAACCUUGGUGAUUUGCAGUAUCUUUACAUUGAUCUAUUUAUUAUAAUGCCUUUUGCCGUUACAAUGAGCAGAACUGGUGCUUACCACAAAAUCGUCUCCAGGCGCCCACUUGGCUCUCUUGUACAUCCAUUGAUUCUUGCAUCGCUGAUUUUACAAAUCUUCACUCAGUUGGCCUUCCAGUUAGUGCUCUUUUUCUUUAUUAAAUCAAGGAGUUAUUACAAAUCAACUGAUUGGUUCCAUGCACACUCACCUAAUGCAAAAGGAGAAACACAGAUUAUGUCUUUUGACAACACGGUCUUGUUUUAUCUCUCUUCAUUUCAGUAUAUAUUUCUUGCUGUUGUCUUUUCCAUUGGAAAACCAUACCGGGGUAAGAUGUACAAGAAUUGGUCAUUUGUUGGUGUCUUCAUUGUGUUAAUAAGCUUCACUGUGCUCUUAGUUGUGUAUCCAACUGGCAUUUUGGAAAAGAUAUUUGAACUUGUUCCAAUUAAUGACAGUAACUUCAUUCUUGCAUUGCUUUUUUGGGCUGGAUGCAAUGCAGUCAUAUCAUUUGCCAUUGAAAGCUUCAUUGUUAAGUCUGAAAUACUCCGACAUUUUCUUAACUUCCUACGAAGAAAGAAAAGAAAGAAGAACAAAUACAAACAUAUUAUUGUUGAGAUGGCAUUAGAUGAAAAUUGGCCCCCACUGCCAGGAUGAAAAAAAUAUUGCGUCUUCUAUAAACUAUGUUGAUCAAGGGGCCACUAUUUCUCUAGUAUUUUAAAAGUCCAAAGCAGUUGCUUGUGGCAAUUGGUUCCAGUUAGCUGAGAGGCAUCUGAAAGUAUCCUGACUACUUUGCCACUCAACUUUUGCAGCCAUUUGGUAUGGUAACUAUUUCUAUCUUGAAAUUUGUCUUUGCAAGUAUUUGUUUUCAAAAAUUUAUGCACAUCUUAACAUUUUAAACUACUGUUUUUAUCAACAUCACUUUAUUUUUUGUGAAAAGUGAUUCUUUGCACCAAUAAAAUAUUGUAUGAAUUUCAGUAAAAGUUAUCUUAAAAAACUAGGAAAGGCUCCAAAGGAAAUGAUCUGUUCGUUUGAGAGUUUUUUGAAAAAUGGGCCUGAAAUUCAUUGGAAACUCAACAAAUGGUGUUGCGGACGUAUUUUCAAGCUUUCUAGGUUGUUUCGACUAUAAAAAAAUUUUAUAUCAAUUUCUCAUUUUUUGAGUAUCAAUAUGGGUGUAGUAUCAUUGGAGUUUAAGAGUAUUAUGCAAAAGGACCCUUAAAUGCUCUUCCUUAAAAAUUUUUCAAACAGUGACUGUCAGACCACUACUUUAUCCGUCAUGUUUUCUUAUGUACCUCCUUUAUCAGUCAAAUUUUUACUACAUCAACCCUGCAAAUAUUAGUUGCUGUACUUUUUAAAAAUUUUAUUUAGUGUUGGUUAAGAAAAUAAAUUUUUUGUUUAAAAUGUUCAGAAUAUGUUUUGUUAACUUGUUCAAAAUAUGUUUUGAAACUAAAAGGAAACUUCUGGAAAUUUAGUUAUUUAUUAUGACAUCAAAUGAUUUAUUCUCUGUACAACACGUGUAUUUUACCUUUUUCUAUAUCCACGAAGUUAACUUUCACCACUCGUUGAAGCAUUUAAAGAAAGACAAAAGUUUUUCGCAUAUCCA